AUGGCCCGCGAUAACCAAACAAAUACACUCGAAUUGCACAUAAAAGUAAAUGGACAAAAUUUAUCAGCAAUUUCAGAAAAGUGUAAUAUCGGCACGUUACGAUCUUGUUCCCUUUUUGUUUACCAUCAUAUCCUUGAUAUUAGAAUUCCUUCCGAUCCAUCUUGGCCUAAAAUACCUCCACGUUAUUCAAGCAACAUUAUCGAUGACAUUAUUGAACCUCCAUGUGUGAUCACUUUGACAGAAACUCCUAGAAAAUGUCGUAAUGUAAUGCAAACUGUUUCAAGCCGACAUCUCAAAUCAAGAUUAAACCAAGGAUGCGAAGCAGUCACGCAAAUACCGAAAAGAAUACCUGGCUGUUUUGAUCCACGUUUUAGAAGGCAUUAAUUUCUCCAAGAUAAUAUAUUUUAUAUUAAAUUUACGCUUUGUAAUAACUCGUGACUUUAUGACAAGUCAGUUCUUUACAGGAAAUAAGUGGCACAGUAGCCUGCUCCACACACACACACACACACA